CACUGGUGCAGAUACUUGAAACAAGUGCCUAUUGUAUAACCUUUUAUAUAAGAAAUAUUUGUAUUCUCUUGCAGAUAUUUCCGAUGCACACACAGUUGGCACUGCGCCGUUGAAAUUAUUGCGUCAGUGUUUGCGUCAAUUAGAUUUGUUGAAAAAUCUUUGGCAGAAUGUGUUACCCGAUGCAAUUUAUAACAAGACAUUUUGCGAUAUUAUACAUGAUUUUUGUAAUGAAAUAAUACGACGUAUACUCGCAAUGGAGGACAUUUCGGCAACAGUGGCAAGUGAGUUGAGUGAGCUAAUCGGUGUCAUAUUGGAGAAGGUGCCAACUUUAUUCAAGCACAAACAUGAAGUGAUACAUAUUAAAUCUUGGAUAAAACUUGAGCAAUUCAAACUGAUACUGAAUGCUUCGUUGAAAGAAAUCACCGAGCAGUGGUGUGAAGGUGCCGGUAUUUUAACGGCAAACUAUAAGGCAGAAGAAGUUAAGCAUCUCAUACGAGCACUUUUCCAAAAUACCGAUCGGCGCGCCAAGGCAUUAACGAAAAUUGUCUAAACAAGAUACACUGCGUUUUUUCUGGUAGUAUAAGAUUUUUAUUUUAAAAUUUUGAAAUAGUUAUUAAAUAAUAGGUAUGUUUUUCUGAAAUAUUUCUGAUAAAAGUUUUCGUUGCAUUCGCUAUUUUUUUGGUAAUAUUCGCAAUGUUUACAUGCCUUCAAGCAAGAAUUGUGCACAGAUAAUGAACGACGACUCA